GCAGCACCAGCCACAAAAGCAGACAGGACAGCCCUUUCGGAGGAAGCCUUCCAAGAGCUCAAGAAGACUUAUCGCGUCAAGGUUGAGAACGGCGAGUUCCACCAUCAUCUCCAAUUCCCCCUCGGCUCUACCGCCGCAGACGGAAGAACCAGAACCAUCAACAAGCCCGAAGCGCAAGAGAUUUUGCACGCAGUGGAGGAGCUCUACUUUUUUCGGAGGUACGAGGAGGCAGUGGCGCUACUGAGAAAGGUAUGGGAGGAUGCGGGGGACAGUCUCUUUGAUCGGGAUACGACGGGGUUAUUGAGGCUGUAUGAGACGAGGUGUGAGGAGAGGUUGAGGGGGGUUAAUGUGGAUGGGCAGUGAGUUGUAGGGGAGAGAUAGGUUUGUGGAAUUAAUGAUACCCUUUUUAUGUGCGUUUG